UUAGCUUUUUGAAGUGCAGCAUUUAUUUCAUGUAUUUGUUGAUAUCAGAUUUCUUUCAGAUCACUGACGUGUUAAAAAAAGGACCAAUUCAAAUACACAGUAUGCAGCUUGAGGGAGGAGCCUGGAGAAACUCUGGGAGGUGCCAAUAACAGGGGGUCAAUGUGGUUAUGCCCUCUAUGUCAGGAAAGUCAACCAGACCGUGAGAAUCUCUCUCAUCACCUUACGGACAAACACAGUGUCCUCCCUGCUUGCCUUGAUAAGUUACUGGAUAUUGCUGCUCCUAAGCACCGUUCCAUUGCUGAAGAAGAAGAAUCCAAAGCCCAAAAUGAUGCAGAUGACACAUCUCAGCUGAAACAUUUAGAGAACAUAAAAUCCCCCUCAAUGGCUUUCCAAAAUGAGGGUGAAUCUACAGAUGCAGGUGACAAGGGUGGUUCUUCUCAGGAAAAAGAGCUGGAUGAAGAGAUGGAGGGAGGGAGAAAUGAGGAAAGUGAUGCAGGGGGGCUGGAGUCCGAUCAGGACAAUACAGAGCCAACUAUAAAAACAUCAGAGGCUUCUGUCAGCAAUGGCAGAUCUGUCUGUAAAAACAGUGUAGCCUCUGAAGGUGACAACCGUCCAUUCAAGUGUAAUGCGUGUUUGGAGUCAUUUCCCACUAGAACGGCUUUGAGUGUUCAUUAUAAUUCAACCACCCAUAUUCAGAGGAUGAGAACCGGGACGUUGAAAGACAGUGAAUCAACCCCUUUCCUGGCUCGACCUUACAUCUCCAACAAACCAUACCAGUGUGCCGUCUGUCGUGUCUCCUACAAUCAUGCCAUCACCCUGGAAAGUCAUUUAAAAUCUGUGUUGCACCAGAGUCGCAGCAGGAGUGCUGGGAAUGCUACUCCUAGUUCCACUGCAAAUACAGGAACCGGAUCCAUGGUUACAAACUUGGCUGCAACUACUGUUGGAAGCACCACACAGUUAGUUAACACCUCCACCAGCAAUUGUGUCACCCAAGCAAACCUGACUGCAUCAGCAGUAACGACCAAAGACGGAGAGCAGGUGCAGCCUCAGCUAGCGCCCUCAUUACUUUCUUCUCCGGUGGCCUCUGCACAAGCCAUGUCUGCUAUUCUCACUCUCCUGACUUCCAGCCCAAAUUCUCUCCCACACUCCAUUCUUCCUUCUCUCUUCACAACCGGGGCGUCUGCAACACCUGGAGCAGCUACCCCGCAGCUUAUACCCCAGCCUCAGAUGCUCAUGCCCCUGGUGUUGAAUGGACUCCAAACUCAAAUCCAGGGCCAGAAUCCAGAGUCUCCAAACCAGCUUUUGCAGCAGGCAGUGCCAGUCCUUGGUCUCAGUGCUGCACAACAGGCUCUCUUGGCCCAAAGACUCAGUGGCUUACAAAGUCAGUGGGCUGCAUUUGGCCUCCCAACCACCACUCAAAUGAGUUUAGAGGAGACCAACAAGAUGCCGGACAAAGGUGCUGACAUCAGAGUAUGCAAUGAGAUAAAAGUCGAGCCUUCCGAUCAGCAGAUGUCACUAAAAUCAGAAGAGGACUGGAAAAUCGAUGGUGUAAAAAAAGAGAUGUGUAUAAAGGCUGAGAAUACACAGGAGCAAAGUGAGAAAAUGGUGGGCGACUGCACAACAUGUGAUAAAAAAGAGCAAGAAGAAAGUGAAAUGAAAGUCGAGGGGAUGGGUGAAAAGGUGUGUGAGGAGGAAGAUGCAAACUCUAAAGUAACUAAAUCCACAGCAGCCCCGGUCCUUCAGGGUGAUAGUCCGUUGUCAUGUGCUUUGGAUCCAAACCAAGGUCUCCGCCAUACACAUACCGUUAACAGCUCUGCUGCUGCUAACUGUAACUUUCGUAACACAAAUUUUGCCUUAAGAUCUUCAGGCCAUAGAAGUGCAAAAGAUCAACUACUCUUAUCUUCAGGACGGCCUGUUCUCACUGAGUUCCAGUCUCAGGUUCUAUGGGCCUUUUUAGAGUCACGAGAUGAUGCUGAGACAUCUAGUCCUCAGCGGGAGGACUGCGAAGCCCUCGGCAGGGAGGUAGGGCUAAGUGGAGAAGAGGUACGCAAGUGGUUCUUAGAUGCCUGGCAAUCCAAAGAUAGGGGGAGAUUAGACAGCUUCCAUGAUGAAAGAGACAGAAGUAUGGAGGAAGAGGAAGGUAAUUUAAUGAUAGAUGAGGGUGAAGAUGGACAUAGUCCAUCAGCGACAGGUAGUCAUGCCAUGGACCUAUCCAGUAGUGCGGAAAGACACAGAAUUGGUAAGGGAAGCCCAAGAGAAUUGCUGUUGACAUCUGACUCUGAAAAUGAAGAGUUCUACACGUCUGUUAUCGUUACUGAUGAAGAAAGUCAAAGCAGCUCUAUGAGGGAAGAGUCAGUUAGCCCAGUCAAACAGUCUUCACCAGUAGAGCCAACAGCUGAAAGGUCAGGUGGUGGUGGAAAGGUUCUUCGCUCUACCACAGUCUUCCUCUCGGAUGCAGAGGAUGACUAUGAUGAUGAACAAAGUAUGAAGCGGAAAAAGAGAAAGAGUGAGAUUGAUAAGGAAGAGGUGGAGCUCAAGCAGGAGAAGCAAGAUGUAGAUCUUGAUCUUCAGCUGGAGGCACAAGCAGACCCUCCUACUCCUCUUUCAGUUGCAGUUGAUCAUCAGGGCAUUCCAGCUGGCUUCUUGCAGUCACUGCCCCUUUCCCUGUCUUUGACUCAACUUUCCACCCAGUUAUACAGUCCAUAUGUACUCUCGCUUCCUUCCUCAGUUAUUGGGGUUGGUGUUUCUGAAGGUGAUAGGAGUAAAAUGGCCUUUUCAAACACUCAAGCAGUUACUCGAAGUCCAGCUGCUCUUUCGGACCCCCUUAAUGCACACGCAGCCACCUCUCUUACACACUCCUUUUUAUGUAAUAGUAAUGAUUGUGAGUCUGCUUUGGAUCUAAGUAUGGGGAAAAACCACAGCUCUACAUUAUCAUCAACAUCAUCAUCUGUCUCCACAGCUAACAAGCCCUCUAUACAGAAAAGUAAUUUGCUUGAUGGUCUGGGAUUGAGACCAGCGACUGUUGGGGUUCCUACAGAUGGAAGUCUUAUUGUUGUUCAGGUGAAGCCAGAUUCUGCCAUUGCUAUCCCAUCUUCCAAUAACAGUACUCUAACUAAUCGCAAUAAUUUGGCUAAGACUAGCACUGUGUACAUGAGGGCAGCAGAAAAAGUUAGCACAUCACUCAUAGAAAGGGAAAAAGAGAAGGAACGAGAAAAAGAGCGGGAACAAAAGAGGCCAAAAUUCAGACGGUUCAGGGACAUGAGACGGUCCAGGACCAUCAUCCAUGCUGACCAGCUUGAUAUUCUCUAUGGAUGUUAUUUCAAAGAUCCAAACCCUGGAAAGCAUGAAUUUGAGCAAAUAUCUGAGUGGGUGAACCUUCCAAAGAAAGUGGUUCAGAUCUGGUUCCAGAAUAUGAGGGCAAGGGAGCGAAAGGGAGAGGUCCGUUUUAUCAGUGAUGGCACUUUGGCAGCUGUUGGGAAACCACUCAUUAAGUUCACUUGGCCACUCUCAAAGCCCAUAUUCUCAACCCCACCUAAAACUAACCCAAGUCCCUCUACUGGCUGGGCCUCUGCAAAACCCCAAACUGGAAAUGUUCCUCCAAAGACGGAUAAGGUGAAGGAGGUCAAGGAGCCCCUGAAAACUCCCACCCAAGGUCCAAGUAGACCAAAUCAGACACCCUCUUUCACCGUUGUAUCCACUGGUCCUUCAUUAGUUCACAAGACCAAAGCAGAAGCAACUCCCAUCACAAUGGUUAAAAUAGCUCCUAAGACAGUGGCCACACCGGUUGCAGUCCCUCUGCUUGUCAGUGAAAUUCCUGCAUCUCGAUCUGCUCCAAAAAGGAAGGUUGAAGAGGUACGAGCUGAGUCGGACCAUACCGAUGAAGAGGACGAUGAUUAUCAAGGAGGGGUUGAGUUUGGGACUACCAGCCAUUUGGUGCCAAAAUUGUCCACUACGCCAAUUAACAAGUCUUCUGCCUUGGCAUCUCAGAAACACAAUGGGCUCAAAUAUUGGUCUCAGAAAGGACCAUUCAAGAUCAACACCCUGUCAAGAGAACAGUUAGGCCUGAGCUCCCAGCGACCUAUGCCCACUACCACCUCCACCCCUACCACACCAUCCCCUGUGACGGUUACAGCAUCCUCUGUUCAAAGCCAAAAAGAAACAAGUUACAUGCAGCAGAACUCCACCCCAAGACGACCUCGAACUCACCUGAACUCUCUUCAGCUGUCCAUCCUGCAGUCGUGCUACGAGACAUGUGCUCAUCCUAAUGCACUGGAGUGUGAGGCGGUGGGGACAGAGCUUGGGCUUCCACUAAAGGUUGUGCAAAUCUGGUUCCAAAAUACACGUGCCAAGGAGAAACGUUGGAGGCUUCAGCAAGAGAAAAUGUCUCCUAAUCCCAAUGACCCUUCUAAGAAGGUAGACAUCAGCUCGGGUAGCUACCUACAAUAUAAUGCUCUCCGAGCCAACCGCCCCAUCCUGCCCAAACCUGUACAACUGACAGUUAUGGAUCCAACUCCAUCAUAUAUCAUCGGCCAGACAACAGGCCGUGAGACUCUGAGAGGCAAGUGCGAUGCCUGUGGGGUUGAAUUCGAAUCCAGGGCUGCAGCACGUGACCAUGUCUUCUCAGCUCGACAUCUUGCCACUCUGAGAACCACUAACUUUGGUCAGCAAGCAUCAUUGGUCAGCAAUGGAUCUGGUAUGGGGUCUACUGGUGUUGCCAGCCAGUCUUCUACCCCAUCACCAGCUAGCAGCUCCAGCUAAACAAUGAAUUGAAGCUGGUAUUGUCUGCGGACCCACUAAACUUGUUGGCUUUCAAUAGACAGAAGAUGGGUGCUGGUCUUUUAAGCUAAUGUUCUUUUGAGGCUCUAAAAUUGGAGCAGGCCCAGUUGACACUGGCCAUCUUCGCUCUCUCUCCUUGGAUAUCAGCGAGACAUUGUUAUUAUGAUAUAGAGUCUUUGCUUACAGGGCUCCUUUUAAUGACCUAUUGCCACAGCAUCAUUUUACUAUAAAUAAUCUACUGAAAUGGUAAUCAUGGACAUGCUAAUGCUUAUGUGAUUAUGGUCUGUCUUCACAACGUCAUCCCGGUUUAAACUCCUAUUGUGUUGGGUAUUAUUUCUACUCGCGUUUACACAAAACACUUUGUUUGAUUGGGAGAAUCUAUUGUAAUGAAGCACCCAAAAACUCAACCAAAGUGCUCUGGGUUCUCAAUUAUGUUUGUGGUACUGCUUUUGCUUGAGCCAGGGUGGUCUUUAGCCUGUUUUAAAGCCUAUAUAGAAUAGUUGUUUUUCUAAGCUGAUUUAUCUCCAAUUGUCUUGUUAAUUCAAAGAAAUGUAUUCUAUAAACCGAAGUUCCCCUUCUGGCUCAUUUGAAAGAAAUAACUAGACCACGCUAAUGAUAGAUGGUAAUGAAAAUGGCAAGUAAGACUGAGAAUAUGUGUCUUCUGGAAUAUGGAGAUUUUGGGAGAGUGUUCUGAAUCCAGAUGCAUUAAAACGAGGACGUUGUUAACAAUACGAUAGCUAUUUUUGAACAACCAUCAUGACAAUCCCGUAGUCAUCAGCAGAGCUCGCAUUGAAAGUUCAAGAUGUCAGAUGGUCAUCAUACAGCACUUUGACCCUUUUAAAGUCCGAUGUUUUUUUUUUUUUUUUAAGGUUUUCGUGUUCCGCAAAAUAAACACAAUUUUGUUGUAUGGUGAAAUCUUACUGUAUGUCAAACUAUAAUGAAGUAUUAAUCAGCUUUUAAUGUUAUUUUUAAAGGGUUUGCAUUGCACAUAGUUAAACACAGACAACAAAAAUAUGGAUCAGACCUAGCCGCUGUGCACGAAGCCAAAGUUAAGUCUGUACUUACACAAUUUUAUAUGGAUUUGUGGAACAUCUAAAUUAUAUACCUUACACCCUCUGAUAAACCAUUUCGUUUGGUUUGAAUUUUUAGGGAGUAACCCAAGCUUGUCGAUAUAAAUUAAACACAAAAGUCAUUUAUUUAUGGUAAGAGCAAAAGCGUUUUAGAAUUAUGGGAGAGAGUUGUCAUCUUUUUUUCUGCGUUUUGUGUUGUUGAGAACUGAGUGCUCAUACUGAGUAGAUUCAAGUAUUUUUCUUAAAACCCACCAGGAGAGAAGACAGGGUGCUUUAGUGAACCUGGAAACUACUCAUCAGGGCAACAUGAGGUGUGAUUUGAAGGACAUGAAAUACUAAAGACGAUUUUCCUUUUUGGUUUAUUUUGUAUAAUAUUAUUGAUACUAUUAAUACUUUAACAAAAUGCAAAACUAAAAAAGAUUUUCUAACGAACUAUAUUAAGAAAAUGAUAUUCCAAAGUUGUUAUUCUUCUUGCUUUGUGUCAUUUAAAGAAACCAAAAAGCAAUCUUGAUUGGAAGUGUUCGUAAUGCAAACUGCAAAUGGAGCUCCCAUGCCUUGACACUUUGAACUAGUCCAGGGUUUAAGCAUGAGCUACAGAAAAAUGCAUUUCAGACAACUCCGCUUGGAACACUUGAAGUUCAUAGAAAA